GGCCAAUCCAAUCAAUGAUGCUCACAGGAUGUGGACCAAUGAGCGAGCGACAUGGCAUCUGCGUCCUCGCAACGUCAUUGGCUACUCGUCGUUCGACCAUCGGGUGUGUUUCCUGGAGUCGACGGCCACAUCGACGAACUUAUCUCAAGGCAUCGGGUGCAGAGAGGGUUGCCGUGUCUACAUGGGGAGGAUGGAACUGCGGUCGUUUUUAAUGUGCUUUGCACUCUGUGUGGUGUAUGCCACCAGCAAGCCCACCGAGAAGAAGGACCGGGUCCACCACGACGACCCGCUCAGCAACCGGGAGCAUGACGACGCGGAGAACUUUGAGUACGACCACGAGGCUUUCUUGGGCCAGGAGGAGGCCAAGUCUUUCGAUCAGCUCACUCCUGAGGAGAGCAAGGAGCGACUCGGCAUGCUUGUGGAGCGCAUCGAUGAAGACAAAGAUGGUUUCGUGACAGAGGAUGAGAUGAAGAAGUGGAUCAAGCACGCGCAAAAGAGGUGGAUCUACGAGGACGUGGACCGCCAGUGGAAGACGCACGACCUUGAUCAAGACGGCAAAGUGUCAUGGGAGGAGUACAAGAACGCCACAUACGGAUACAUUCUCGAUGAACCCGAACCCGACGAUGACUUCAGCUACAGACAGAUGAUGGUGCGGGAUGAGAGGAGGUUCAAAAUGGCUGACCAGGACGGUGACCAGAAGGCCACCAAAGAAGAAUUCACCGCCUUCAUUCACCCCGAGGAGUUCGACCACAUGAAGGACAUCGUGGUGAUUGAAACGAUGGAAGACAUCGACAAGAACGGAGAUGGCCUAAUUGACCUGGACGAGUACAUUGGUGAUAUGUACAACGAGGAAGGCACCACCGAGCCCGAAUGGGUGAAGACGGAGAGGGAGCAGUUCAGCGAGUUCCGGGACAAGAACAAAGAUGGCAAGAUGGACAGGGAUGAGACACGGGACUGGAUCUUGCCAAACGACUAUGACCACGCAGAGGCCGAGGCCAAGCACCUGGUCCACGAAUCCGACACGAACAAAGACGGAGUCCUGACCAAGGAUGAAAUCGUGGACAAGUACGACCUGUUUGUGGGCAGCCAGGCCACCGACUUUGGAGAAGCCCUCACUCGCCACGACGAGUUCUAAAUUUGCAGCCGUCCGCAAAGACUUUGUGUCCACCACGCCUCAUUACUCCUUUUCUCAGUGGAUAUCACCGUUUUUUGUUUUUUUUUAAUAUAUGUAUACACACAGGUCAUCUAAUUUAUUUAAUUUUUUGAAUGUCUCUUGUCAUGCACACGCACACACACUUUUGCAAAGCUUCCUUGUUUGAUCCAUUUUGAAUGGAUAAGAAAAUCAAAGGUUAAUGCAUGCAGAAUAGUUUUUUUUUUUUUUUUUUUAUAAUGCACUGGACAAUAACCUAGCCUGAUUUAUUGACGUUGUUGCACCGUUUGAAUUUUUGUAACAAGGGCUAAAUUGGACUUUUGAAAAUGGACCCUUUUGUUCACUUUAAGUUUUAAGGCAUCUAAAUUUAUGGACGGAAUGCUCUAUUGCGUCAUUGCUAUAAGUUGUGUAUUUGUGUGUACAGUACAUUUUCUUGUCUUUUUUUGACAACUGACAUCCACUUUUGGCAUUGUUUUACACUUUGUUUUAUGUGCCAAGCCAAAAACACUCAAACAAGCCUUUAUUUCUCCAUUGCAAACACUUGAGUAUAAAAUGUCUUUGCUGAUAUUAUCACCACCAACAUUUAAAACCACUGUGCAAAUUUUUACAUCAUUAACAUGUUUUCUUGAAUUUAUUGGCUCUCUGCCUAAGAAGCCUUUUUGUAGAGAUUUAAAUGUAAAUAUGUUGUUCUGCAAACGGAGCUGACGAUCAAGUCCAGUUUUUGUGAUUGAAAAUAUCUUAAUAAAAAUUAUGUAAAAAAUAUACAA